AUGAGCAAGGAGUGGCCGCCUCGCUGCCCUUUGCCUCUGGAGGCCAUCCAGCAGCUCCUGAUCCACUACCUCGCAUCUGGAAGAGGCUACGACGAUGCCAGCGUGGCGGCUGCAGCGAGCGAGGGGAACCGCUUCUUUCAGCAGAAAGACUUUGGUCGGGCGCUCGAUCUGUAUGGCAUCGCAUAUGAGGUUGGCCGGCUGCACUAUGCUUAUCGCCCCCUGCUGCAUGACCUGCUGCUGCGUCGAAUCCUGUGCCACUCCCUGCUGGGCAGAUUUGAGCAAGCCCUCCAGGAGUGCCACACCGCAGCCUGGCUGAUUCCCCAUGAGGCCACAUGCCAGCUGCUGUUUGGAGUGAUCUACUCCAAGCUUGGACGGGGCGAAGAAGCCAAUUCCUCUUUCCAGCAGGCAGUGGCGACAUGCUGGGAUUUGCGGGACUUGGUGGAUUGUCUGAUCGCUUUCUUCACGAAGCAGCAUGGCUUCAUGGAUCGUGCCAUCAGGAUCUGCACACAGGUACUGAAGCGGAACCCGAGGUAUCCCUUGGCAAUGCUUGUACGGGGCGAUACCCACAAGUGCAAUCAAGCCAGCAAGACAGCGCGCCACAGCGCGACGGCUGAUUACACGGCGCUUCUGGAGCUAGACUUCAGCUAUCAGGCAAUCUUGUGCAGGCAAGCGCCCAAGCCUGCCAACCACACUCGGGCCGACGAGCUGCUGUUGAGCUUCCACCCCUUCUUGCAGAUGCAGACGCCCAGACCCUAUGCCUCAUAUGCCUUGUGCAGGCGGAAAGACCCACUGGUGGUGGCCAGCCUUGUCCUCCUGGCCGUCACGAAGCUGCGCAUCAUGUCAACUUCUGGGAAGAUGCUGCGGAGCGUUCAGCAGGCCUAUGAUGAGUUACUGGAGCAGAGGGCGCAGCUGCAGCGGAAGGUGUAUGGCCUCAUGCUGACACAGCAGCCCUCGGCUUAG